UAGUGUCUUCAGCGCGAACAUCGGACAGUACAAUUUUACACUCGUUCGCGACAGUGUCCACGCGGUGCAAAGUAUAAGAAUAUACUAAACGCACAUAAAAAAUUGUUGAAAAAAAUUUUUAUUUAACGUAAUAUAAACGUCCAAACAACGCGAUUCCGGUUUUUUUCAUAGUGACAGUCCAGCUGGAUACAGUUAUUAUACAUACAUGGUCGUAAAAUUUGAUCAUACCGCCGGGUUCACUAUGAAGAGAUGCCUGAGGCACCAAGUGUACAUCGUGUUCUACGGAGCACUGCUGUUUUUACACAGCACCAGUGGCGACGGUAACUUGGGACCGGAGAACAACGCGGCGGCGCUACCGCUCGAACACAGAUCCGGUGGCGGUUACGAUGUCGGACUUCCGCUAUCGUCUGGCGGUCCGCUACAGGGACCGCACGACGACACGUGGCCUCUACAAGCCGUGCCAGACGCCGUCAAAAUCAAACACUUACAAGUACAGUGCGAGAAGACGCACAUGCGAGUGAACAUUGAAUUCGACCGGCCGUUUUACGGAGUAAUAUUCUCCAAAGGUUAUUACAGCGAUCCGCACUGCGUGCACGUGAAACCCGGCACCGGUCACCUGAGCGCCACGUUCGAAAUACUAUUGAACAGCUGUGGCAUGACGUCUUCUGGAGGCACUGGCGGCGGCGGCGGCGGUGCCGUAUCCGGUUACGGGCAAACGCCUAGUGGCAGUUACGUGGAGAACACCAUCAUCAUCCAGUACGACCCGUACGUGCAGGAAGUGUGGGACCAGGCUCGCAAGUUGCGGUGCACGUGGUACGAUUUCUACGAGAAAGCGGUCACGUUCCAGCCGUUCCAGGUGGACAUGCUGCACGCGGUCACUGCCAACUUCCUCGGCGACAACCUGCAGUGCUGGAUGCAGAUCCAGGUGGGCAAGGGACCGUGGGCGUCCGAGGUGUCGGGCAUAGUGAAAAUCGGUCAAACCAUGACCAUGGUGUUGGCCAUCAAGGACGAGGAAAACAAGUUCGACAUGUUGGUGCGCAACUGCGUGGCCCACGACGGCAAGCGGACGCCCAUACAGCUGGUCGACCACAACGGCUGCGUCAUCCGGCCCAAGAUCAUGUACAAGUUCCAGAAGAUCAAGAACUUCGGGCCGUCCGCGUCCGUCGUGUCGUUCACGUACUUCCAGGCGUUCAAAUUCCCAGACUCGAUGAAUGUGCACUUCCAGUGCGUCAUCCAAGUGUGCCGAUACCACUGCCCCGAACCCAAGUGCCCCGGUGACUACGCUCUGCCACCGCACGCGGCCGAAGCAAACGGCGGCGGCGAUUACGCGGGUCUCAACUCCGUGCACCCCAACGAAUACGGACCGCCACCACCACCGCCCAACCUGUUGGCCGACUACCCCGCGUAUCCGGACCCCAGACACCCUUCCGGACCGGCCGGCGCGUACUCCGAGCUCAAACCGGAAAUAGUGUUGCCGAACGCCGCGCCUCCGUCGGCUAGCAGCCCGAAACCGUCGCAACAGCAGCAGAAGGACUCAGACGCGGUGAUCGCUGGCGACGACCGCCGGGACGGUCACAACGACGACGACGGUCUGAACCUGCCGCCGCCACCGUUGCCCGGCCACGGGUCGUCGUAUGCCACCGUCAAGCGACAGGGCACCGUCGGCGGUGACGACCAACAACAGCAACAGCACAUGAACUUGGUGUCGCUGGGCGGCCGUCCGCGGUCCGUCGACAUGGACGGCGGCGCCAACAAGCCACACAGGCACCACCGUCGGUCCACCGGCGACCCCGAACUGGACGUCAACACCAGCCGCGUCAUACAGGUGGUGGCGCCGGGUGACGUGAACUUCGCGUUGAACGUGCCCAACGGCGGCAACGGCACGAACGGCGGUAACGGCGGUAACGGCGACACGGUGGUCGUGUCCACCCGGUCCGGGCUGUCGUCGGACAGCGUGUGCAUCAGCGUCCCAUCGUUCGUCGCCGGUCUGGCCAUGCUCCUGUCCGUGUUGGUGGUCGCCUGUCUGGUGGUCACGUUCCUGUUCUUGCGGGUGCGAUCCAUGAACAACGCCAAAGCGAUGUCGUGCGGUGCACCGCCGUCCGCACAGGGCCCGUACAUGCACGGCGCCGCGUUCGAAGCUGCCGAAUUCGUCAAGAUGGCCAGUUCGUAGUAGGACUGCCCCGUCUCACCAGAGUUUCUGAAAUGACUAUUUUUUUUUUAUAAACCCCCCCCCUCAAAAAAAAAAAUCCUUCUUCGCAAACACCCCCGAAACG